AUGGAUCUGGUGCGUUCUAGGAUCCUCGAUGUUGGGCGCGAUUUUUGGAGGAUAGGGUUGUUGGUUGCAAUCUCUAUUCCCAUCUCUCAGGGUUCAUUUGUGGUGGGGAUCUGGGAUCCAGGUGGUGAUAGAGCAUUUACUGUUGUUGAGCCAUAUUUGGCCGAGUUUGCUAAAAAGGUGACGGAGGUCAACCUCGGGUCUCCCAAUUCUCCCUGA